CUGGCUGCCGAGAGCCCGGGACAGAUCAAUGAACCCCGCCAGAACGCGCUCGCAGGGCAGCGCGAGCUGAUUCAGAGUCGUCGAUGCGUUCGGUUGUUAUUGGAGCGUUUGAGUGAAAAAUUGCGUUGUUGUGACGCGAGAGCAACGGUUUCUUACGUCGUUGAAAGGUAAUCGGGGCGUUAUUGUGACGCGUAACGCGCUGGGCCGUUUUGGUAACAUUGAAUGCCGGAGCGUCUUCGGGGAGCAGAGAGGAGCACCUUCGUUUUCAGCGUUUCAACUGGCUGGGUGACAUUUUACAACUUUUCACGAGCUGCUCUGCGGAUACAGGUAAAAAAGACACGCAAACACGGUAAAAAACGCGGCUCAGCUGUGUGGGGAGAGACACUACGGAUCGGUUAAGAUGAUUUUUUCGAGCACGACGAACCCCGUGAGGACGCCGUACCGCAAACAGCCACCUGCCCUGCCCAUGGCCCCACCCAGCCCCAGCAGCAGCAGCGCCAACCACAGCAGCAGUAGCAGCACGGCGGGCUGGGAGCAGCUGAGCAAAACCAACCUGUACAUCCGUGGGUUGUCCCCGGAGACCACUGACCAUGACCUAGUGAAGCUCUGUCAGCCGUACGGGAAGAUCGUCUCGACAAAAGCUAUCCUGGACAAGACGACAAACAAGUGCAAAGGUUAUGGCUUUGUGGACUUUGACAGUCCAGCUGCUGCCCAGAAGGCUGUCACCACCUUGAAAAACAACGGGGUACAAGCUCAGAUGGCUAAGGUGAGGCAACAGGAGCAGGAUCCUACCAACUUGUACAUUUCCAACUUGCCCUCAUCCAUGGAUGAGCAUGAGCUGGAGAACUUGCUGAAGCCCUUUGGCCAGGUGAUUUCCACCAGGAUCCUGAGGGACUCCAAUGGGACCAGCCGGGGUGUUGGUUUUGCCAGGAUGGAGUCAACUGAGAAGUGCGAUGCCGUGAUUUCGCACUUCAAUGGCAAGUUUCUCAAGAUGCCACCAGGGGUUAUGGCUCCGUCUGAGCCUCUGCUGUGCAAGUUUGCCGAUGGUGGGCAGAAGAAGAGACAGAACCAAAGCAAAUACAUGCAGAACGGACGUGCCUGGUCGCGGGACAGUGAUGCGAGACUGGCUGGCAUGACUCUGACUUACGACCCCACCACAGCAGCUCUGCAGAACGGAUUUUACACCUCGCCGUACAGUAUUGCGAACAGGAUGAUGCAGACAUCUGUAUCGCCAUACAUAUCGCCCGUUUCCCCCUAUCAGGUGCAGAGUCCCUCCUGGGUUGCCCACCAGCCCUACAUUAUGCAGCACCCGGGGGCAGUUCUGUCGCCCUCCGUCGAACACACCAUGUCACUGCAGCCUGCCUCCAUGAUAACACCUCUGACUCAGCAGAUGGGCCACCUAUCGCUCAGCACCGGCACGUUUGUGCCAGCUACUGCAGCUAUUCAAGGGGCUUUCAUUGCCCCAUACCCCCACGUGCAGCCUGUGCCGGUGGAGGAGAAUGGUGGGCAGCAUCCCGUAGAUUCGUCCAGCGAUCACUCUUCGUAUCCCUUUCAACCAGCCAAGUAAAUGACAGUUUGUGUCAAAGGCUCAAAGGACGAGGGGCACCGGGCUGUCGGCUGAAACAAUCAUGGCUUCCGAGCGGAUCCCACUUUGCGGACACGUCUGCAUAUGUCUGCAUUUUGCACAGGUUCUACAAUUUUUUUUAUUUUAUUUUAUUUUAUUUUAAAGGAAAUGAACCGUAACUAUUUUAGCGCAAGUUCCAAAUGCUUAACUUCAAGGGAUUUUAAUUCUCUGGACAGAAAUGCAAAGCUUUAUUUUAAUAAACCAAGAACGUUUAUUUUUAAACCGAGGAUUGUCAAACGGACACAAGGAAUCUGAUCAUAGGGGGUUGUGUGGUGUUUGUUGCAUGACUGUAAAUAUUUUUUAUGAUUUCUAAUUUUUUUCUACGGAAUUAGCUAGACAUGUUGAAAUUUUGUUUUGUGCUUGCUGUGUGAGUGUCUAAUGAAAUGACUGUUCCCCCUUCUUAAAGCGCUUAGAUGUUUUAGUUUUGAGUAAUAGGUCUGUCCUGUCGUUCGAUUUUUGCCUUAACUUUCUGAAACAAUUGCUGUAUGGACAUCUUCCGAGGCGCGUCGAGCUCAAAAUGAUGGCCUUGUACGGCAACGGACUAACGCUUCCUGGCGUAGAGCUACAUCUGUCCGCUUCGGCUCAUUCGACAGACUUUCAGGCUCGAUCGCUAAAAUUCCCCUGUCGGGGCGAUGAACAUUUCCGAGUCCAGUCAGCUUUGAUACGGCAUCACGUUUGUGGACUCGCCGCUCGUCUUAUUGAAUGUCACAGAAGCCGCGAUGUCGAACGAUCGCGUUUGAAAUGUCUGUAGUCGCAGGAGAAGAUAAUGUCAUGGGGUGUCAAGGUCAGGGUGGUGGGGGUGAGGUGCUCUGUCAUAUUGGCAGUUUUUUGUUUUAUUAUGUAUAAAUUUCUCUUGUCGAACUGAAUUGCGAACAGACACACCUGAUGUUGAGGACUGUGCACUGGCGUGCAACCCAAGCAUCUCUUCGGACGAUUCUGGUAAAGGCUUGUUUCUAGGUGUAAUUUUUCCAAGAAUCGACACGGGGGGGGAUGACAACAUAAAGACAGCAGCUUUUCAACAGGAACGGAGGGAAAGCAUGGCACUUUCCGGAACAAACAGGUUUGCUUUCCCCAAAGAGCUACAGGCUGGUUAAUAAGGACAUGCUGCAAUACCGCUCUGUCUCCUGGAAAUAUUGAUGACACCCCCCCUCUUCCCUGGCUAUAUUGAAGAUUGUGCCUUUUUUGUACAUUUGCAGUCUAUUUAUUUUUCCCCACUUUGAUUAUUAUAUACACACAAAGGAUGAAGGAAGAUUUUUGACCCACUGCUCACAGGUUCCAUCACUACAGAACAUGAAAUGUGUAUAAGGGAGGAAAUGAGACCAACUUGCUUCCAUGCUGUGCGACACAUGCGUCGUUCUUGGUUUUAAAUACCAACGCGCCCCCCCCGCAAAAAAAAAUAAAAAAAAUAAAAAGGCUUUAAAUUACAUUGUCUUCCAUGAGGCUUAAUGUAGUGACCUUGUCAGUCCAACCAGCUAUCUACCUCAGACUUUUUUGUUGUGUGGUUUAAAAAUUUUUUCCCCCCCUUUUUGUUUUGGGUCGGGUUAGCAGGUCCAACCCACCCUCCCCCGACCAAAAGCCAAGCUCAGGAGCUGGUUUGUAGACGUCUUUCUUUCGAUAUAUUUUAGAAAAAGACAGUUUUUAGCAGAACCUGAUUAUCCUGACCCAUAUUUUCAGUCCAGGAGUCUGGUUUAAGUGCAACCCCACCCCCCCCCCCCCCCCCCCUUUGCUGCUAUGGCCUCACGAUGGAGUCCUGUGAAGCGGCCCAGGAGUCUGGGCGGGGGGUCAGCUGUUGGGCAGCAACCCCCCUCCACCCGCCAUUGCGCACGAGGUGUGGCGAUGCAGACCCCAGAGGACGUGUCGCAGCUGGCGAACACCCACAAGCGGUUUUGCUGCUAGUCGCUACCGAACCAAGUGCCAUAGUCCAUCUGGGUCCAGAGUGCAGAGAGCUCUGGGUGGGAAAGAAAAGCCCAGUUAUUGAACCAUCUUGUUCUAGACAGCCAUUAAGUUAUAUUAAGAAGUAAUAAUUUAUGGAGACAUUUUGUACAGAAAUAAAGAUUUUCAUAGAAAUGACUUAUAUGAUGCAGGUUUUGUUUUCUUUUGUAACUGCCACAGCAAUGCAGGUGGCCACAUGUGUCCAACUUGUACCUUCUUCUGUUUUGCUUUUUAGUCAUGGUCAUAGCUUUUUUUUGGGGAAAUUGUGAAUGACUUCUGUUUAUUUCUGUUCACUUGUUUUGAAACUAUUCAAUAAAAACCAUGUGUUGGA